UCUAGUGGCCAAUCGCCUGUUCCUUUGGGGUCACUGACGCCAUCGGUUGCCAAGAGGAAUCCAGCGUGCGAGCUGUCAAGCUAGCGGACCCAGCUCUCCCGCCCUCUGUAGUGACAGGGCGGCAGAGCCACACGGUAGCUCUCUGUUUCCCGGUAAAAGUUCUCCAGCCCAGCUCACACCCAACUUGAGAAGCCGCUCUCCUCCUCCUUGUCCGCUGCGCUCUUGGCUUAAGGAGCCACGGCUGACGUCACCGACCGGGCCCUUUUGCGCGGAGUGAUCCGCCCUCCUCAGCCCCCCGAGUUCCAGGAGGUAAAGCGCCAGCCGGCGGAGGAGCACUACCAGCACUUUCACUUGGACAGUUGGGGUGCAGGAAUAAGAAAGAAGUCCCCUGGGUCCAGAGCUAGAGGUCUCUUCAUAAAGAAGUACAGCCUCCAACUGAUGUAAGAACACCAGCUGCCUAACAUGCGUUAGGAUUUGGAAGAGUGCUAUCUUUGUGGAUUAUAAAUAUAAUAUUCUGGAUUUCAAAGGGAAAGAACAAAGUGACAAUGGGCAGGAAGAAAAUCCAGAUAACCAGGAUAAUGGACGAGCGGAACAGACAGGUCACCUUUACCAAAAGGAAGUUUGGGUUAAUGAAGAAGGCCUAUGAAUUGAGUGUACUCUGUGACUGUGAAAUUGCACUGAUUAUUUUCAAUGGCUCUAACAAACUGUUUCAGUAUGCGAGCACGGACAUGGACAAAGUCCUCCUCAAGUACACUGAAUAUAAUGAACCCCACGAGAGCAGAACCAACUCUGACAUAGUGGAGACUCUGAGAAAGAAAGGCUUAGAUGGUUGUGAGAGCCCAGAUGCUGAGAGAUACUUUGAGGAGGACACAUUCAGCAAACUAAAUGAAGAUAGUGAUUUUAUUUUCAAGCGAGACCCUGCUCUGAACAAGAAAGAACACAGAGGGUGCGACAGUCCGGACCCAGAUGGCUCUUAUGUGCUCACCCCCCACACCGAAGAAAAGUACAAAAAAAUUAACGAGGAGUUUGAUAAUAUGAUGCGCAAUCAUAAAAUCUCCCCUGGGUUACCGCAACAAAGUUUUUCAAUGUCCGUGACUGUUCCCGUGUCAAAUCCAAACACAUUAUCCUAUAGUUCUCAAGGAAACACGAUGGUUACAGCGUCUCUGGCGGCUAGUACUUCAUUAACUGAUGCAAACAUGCUGUCCCCUCCUCAGACAACGCUACAUCGAAACGUUGUCUCCCCAGGGAUACCACAGAGGCCAUCUAGUACAGGAAAUGCAGGUAUAAUGCUAGGUACGAGUGAUCUCUCUGUGCCAAAUGGAGCCGGCGGCAGUCCAGUUGCAGGUAAUGGGUUUGUGAACCCUCGUGCUUCUCCUAGCCUACUGGGGCCAACUGGCGGUAAUGGAAUGGGAAAAGUGAUGCCCACAAAGUCUCCACCUCCACCAGGGGGCAACCUAGGGAUGAACAGCCGGAAGCCAGAUCUACGUGUAGUCAUACCCCCGUCCAGUAAAGGCAUGAUGUCCCCUUUGACGGAAGAAGAUGAAUUGGAUUUGAAUACCCAAAGGAUAAUCAGCUCUCAGUCUACACAAUCUCUUGCUACACCAGUUGUCUCAGUAACAACUCCCAGUUUAGCUCCACAGGGCCUGGUGUACUCUGCAAUGCCUACUGCCUACAAUACAGAUUACCCUCUGACCAGUGCGGAACUGUCUGUUCUACAAGGGUUUAACUCCCCAGGAUUACUGCCUUUAGGACAGGUGUCUGCUUGGCAGCAGCAUCACAUAGGACAAGCUACCCUCAGUUCUCUUGUGUCUGGUGGGCAGUUAUCUCAGGGUUCAAACUUGUCUAUCAGUACCAACCAAAACAUCAACAUAAAAUCUGAGCCAAUUUCCCCUCCACGUGACAGAGUCACUUCUGGAUUCCCCCAACAGCCGCCACAACAGCAACACCAUCAUCAACCUCGUCCUGAAAUGGGCCGAUCGCCCGUUGACAGCAUAAGUAGUUCAAGCAGUUCUUAUGACGGCAGCGACCGAGAAGACGUCCGGAAUGAUUUCCACUCACCUGUUGGCCUGGGGAGAAACCCCAACAAUGAAGACAGGGACAGUCCCUCUAUGAAACGCAUGCGUAUGGACGCUUGGGUGACAUAAAUCCUACCCUUGCUGCAAAGAGCACCCCCCCAGCUUAUCUUAGACAUUUAACAAGGAUGCAAAAUCAGUAUACAUAUAUAAAUAUAUAGAUAUGUCUCGCACACAAGUCCACUGGUUACGUGUGUGUAUGUGUGUACGUGCUCUUGUGUAAUACACACAUUAAUCAGGUACCUGCUGCAAUGACUGUACACAGACAUACAAAUGUCCUCUGUGAUGUGGCACUUACGUGGACUUUUUAAUAACACGUUUGGAGAAAAAGACAUGCAUUAUGCAUAUUAUCAAUAGCAAGGGAUUUUUUUUAUAUUAUCUUAGAAGAAGGGCAGUGAGAAAGUUGGCGAAUUGUAACACCUGCUGGUUUUUUAUUUUUUUUUUUUUUUUUGCAAUGCCCCACACACUGCCUGCAUGCCUUGGGGGGUUCGUAACACUUUCACUGCCAGAGAAGCCUCCAUAGCAGUGGGCUAUUCCUCCUUCAGGAAGCUGAUUGUGAAAGUCAUUGUUUUUUAGGACUUGUAAAAAAAAAAAAAAAAAAAAAGGCAGGAAGCUGGAAACUUUGAAAGCAAUAUUGUACACGAUCAUAUUUGAAUCAACUACACACAGAUCCCUCUUGCAAAAUAAGUACAUAAAGGGCUGACGCCACAUGAUCUAUUUUUGCACGUGUAACAAACAAACAAAAAAAUUGUAUCAGGUCAGAGGAGUGAGAUUUGACUUAAAAUGUGAUUUAAACCUGGGGAAAAAGCAUGAGAAUUUAAAUAAAAUUAGAUUUUAAAAAGAGCUAUAUGCCUUGAUGCAAGGCAUUAAAAAGUAAUAUAUUAAGUUAUAAUUGGAAUAUGUUUGAGAACAUUUCUUUUUAAAUUCAUACCUUGAGAAACAGAGAGAGAACCAAUUUUAGCUUGUGUAUAUUUUCUAUUAUUGGAAAAAAUACCCUUAUGAAUUAAUGACUAUAUAUAUAUAAAAAAGUUAUAUACUUUUGAA